UGAGCUGGUGGGGGUUGCUCAGGUGGCAGCAUCUUACUGAGGUGAGAUCGGAGCCGUGAUGUUGCCCAGCUGAGGAGGGACCCACGGAGAAGGCCUGAGCAGCCCCAGGGGGGAGUGAACGGUCCGGAGUGCCCCCUCGUCCCCCCCGGGAGAGGCUCCUGGCCCCACGCAGGGCUCGGGGCCAAGCUGGGCUCGCUCCCCCCGGCUGGGCCGGAUGACAGAUGCCUGCGGUGGAGGAGAACAUGCUGCAGCCCCCGCUUCCAGCCUGGAUGCCGCUGACCCAGAGCUGCAUUACGAGGAGGAGGAGGAGGAGGAGGAGGGUGAGUCGGAGCCCUCGGACACCAGCAGCAUCUUCUCCGAGGACUCCAUCUACCCUUGCUACGAGCUCUCCCUGGGGGCUGGUGGUGCUGGGGACCUCAGCCUCUACCAGUGCUGUGCCAGGAACGAUGCCAAGCUGGUGCGGGAGAGGCUGGAGCACGGGGUGACCCAGAGUGAGGCCGCAGAGCUGGACAUCAACGGGAGGAACGCGCUGAUGGUCGCCUGCUACAAGGGCUUUGUGGACAUCGUGCCCCUGCUGCAGAAGUGCCUCUACAUAAACGUCAACCAGCAGGACAAGGACGGGAACACGGCCCUCAUGAUGGCAGCCCAGGCAGGACACAUCAACAUCGUCAACUACCUCCUUAACUACUACCCCGCGCUCGAGGUGGACAAGCGAGACCCCCGGGGCCUGACGGCGCUGAUGAAGGCCGCGAUGCAGGGGCGGCAGGACUGCGUGGCCGCCCUGCUCCUGGCCGGAGCAGACCUGCAAGCGGUAGAUCCCAUCAAAGGGAAGACGGCCAGGGAGUGGGCAGCUUUCACUGGCCGCUUCGAGACAACCGUGCGGAUCCGGAGCCUCCUGCAGCGCCCGCGGGCAGAGCAGUUCAGCACCCGGUACCAGCCUGAGUGGCCAGCCCUGGCUGAGCUGGUGGCCAGAGCCCUGAGCCCCAAAUCCAGGGGCAAGAAGCUGUCGGAAAAGAUCCGAUCCAUGUUCACCUUCAACUUCCCCCAUGACCCUGAGGAGGAUGGCGUGAUGGACCACAUGGUGAGGAUGACCACCUCCCUCGCCAGCCCCUUUGUGGCCACCGCUUGCCAAACUGUCUGCCCCGACAGCCCCCCUGAGGUGGGCAAGCACAGGCUGUCUGUGCCGGAGAUCCUCGGGCAGCACGUGCCGGAUCCGGAUGCCAAGCCAGAACCCACCUCAUGCCCCGGCACUGGUGCAUCCUCUUGCAAUGGCCAAGCCGUGUCGGAGGUGCGGCUCCUGCUGCCGCGCCGGCUGGCCGGUGCCCUCCUGCGGCUCCUGCCCCUGCGGCUGCGACGCGGGAACAGCAUCUUCCCCGGAGAGCCCAUCCCAAAAAUCAAAGUGAGCAAACCCACCUGCCCGCCUGCAGCGAGUGAGCGGAGGCAGCGCGGGGGAAACAGAGACCUGCUGCAGCCACCCAAGUGGAGGUACAAGGAGCUGAAGGAGGAGCAGAGAGCGGCCAGCGAGGUGAAGAAGGAGGAGAAAAAGAGGAAAAGGAAGAGACAUUAAGGCAGGACGUGUCAGGGUGGGGGCGAGGCCCUACCUGUACCCUUGGACCUGCUCACUUCUUUGGCACACGGGUGGUUUCCUUCCCUGGCGGGAUGGUGAUGCCUGAGGGAGGAGGACGCUGUGGAUGUGUCCAGCUGAGACACCCCAGCCCCUGUGGUCCCGGGUCCCCAGCCCCCUGCCCAGCCCCUCGUCCUCUCCCGCCUUGAGGGCGGCCACCCCAGCCCGGCUCUGGUUGCGCUGGGCUCCAACGUGCUGAGACCCUGCCCUGGGCUGGGCUCUCGGUCUGCCAGGGAGCAGGUCUGUGGCAGAAGUGGCUCUUCUCAUUUUUUUUCUUUUCUUCCCCCCCCCCCCGCCCCGAUCUUCCCGAGAUCUUGAUAUUGCAGCGGGUGGUGGAAUGUGGCUGUGCAAAUUAAAAUGGAAGUGGUUGCCAUGUUAACAGGAUUGAUUUAAUGAAUAAAGCUCAGGC